AUGAACCAGCGACCCCCAGUCCAAGCAUUUCAGAGUGCAACUAGGGAGGGUGUACUUACGCACAACCUCCAGAAAAGACAAAAGGCGGACCCAUUUACAGCGGUCAGCAAAUCAAAAUAUGCACAGUUAGCAGUUGAGCGUCUGGUUGGCAAACAUGUCUAUGUGAAUGGUAAAACUAUCACAAGCCAAAGCUUUUCUUGCUCUUUUAUCAUCAAAAUAAACAAAGAACUAGCAAGAUGCAAACCAGUACGGGCACCUGUGGGAAAACCUGUCGUGAAACGCCCCAGAUUAGUAGGUUACCCAAUAGUUCCUCAGGAAUGUUGGAAUCCAGUACAGCCGAAUCCGAAACAUUAUGUACAAAAGAUAGUUUUCGGCAGGAUUGCUUCACUAUCUAACUUCCUCACUGUGAAGCCCACAGAAAACAAACUUGGUAAAGAUUGGUUGCGUGUCAAGCGUAUGCAAUGGCAAUUAACUCGGCAAACAUGGAAAUCAGAUCUGUUGCUACGGCUGGAGGUAGCCUGCAGACCCAGGCCUUUGUUGCCGCCCGUGAACUCGCUGGCUUUGACGAUCCCGGAGAUUCAACUGAAGCUCAGUUCUAUUUAUUCCAAAAAAUGGAGGAAUCAGCUGCACCGUGCUGCUGGACUUUUCAGCAUAGACCGGCUCCACUUACGAGGCGAAACCUCCACCAAAAUCCCGAAUUCUGUUGAAGCUACCAGCAAGAUUCGGCCACGUCGGACUCCAACCGAAUCGCUUCUAGGCCGAGCGCUUCCAUCUCCGGACAAAGGGCCACACGAAGUAGAUAGACCAAAUAGCUAUCCAGCUCCGCUUGUGGGACCAAAAGUACAAACUGACGCAGAUUGGCUACCAUUUGGAACUUGCUCUUACGUGUGGAUACAAACACAGGAUCACGAACAGAGGCACGUUGGAGCUUCCCCACCUGGACACGAUACAAGGCAGUUAGUUAACUUCAGGAUAACAGAAAAUCAGGAAGCGGGGGGAUUAACAUCCUAUUCAGACAAGGACAAACCGACGCGCACGUUCACAUACUGA